AUGGGAUAUAAUACGCUGGCAAAUUUCCAGAUUGAGAAGAAAAUUGGCAGGGGUCAGUUCAGUGAAGUAUACAGAGCCACAUGCCUUUUGGAUGGAGUCCCUGUUGCUUUAAAAAAAGUUCAGAUUUUUGAUUUGAUGGAUGCCAAGGCAAGAGCUGACUGUAUCAAAGAGAUUGACCUGCUUAAGCAACUGAACCAUCCAAAUGUCAUUAAAUAUUACGCCUCUUUCAUUGAAGACAAUGAACUGAAUAUAGUCCUGGAACUGGCAGAUGCUGGGGAUCUAUCAAGGAUGAUAAAGCAUUUUAAGAAACAGAAGCGGCUGAUCCCUGAGAGGACGGUUUGGAAAUAUUUUGUGCAGCUGUGCAGUGCCUUGGAACAUAUGCAUUCCCGCCGUGUCAUGCAUAGAGAUAUUAAACCAGCCAAUGUGUUUAUAACAGCCACAGGCGUGGUGAAGCUGGGGGAUUUAGGCUUGGGCCGCUUCUUCAGCUCCAAAACCACAGCUGCACAUUCUUUAGUUGGUACCCCCUAUUACAUGUCACCAGAAAGGAUACAUGAAAACGGAUACAACUUCAAAUCUGAUAUUUGGUCAUUAGGAUGUCUGUUGUAUGAGGUAAUUGUUCAUAUUAUUAUCUGUUGUGCACAAGGAGUGAUGUGCUGUAUUACCUGGUUUACUUGGACUUGGCUUCCUAAAAAAUUGAAGGACAAGUUCACCAUUUUGAAAAAAAAAAAAAAAAUCUGCCCUUGCUAUCUCAGGACACACAGCUACACACCCAACCACCUCCACCCCACUAACGCAUUUCUCUACAUACCUUCUCUGACAACCAUGUCCUUUCACACUCUUUGCAACCCAGCUGGUAAAAAUCUAGUAUUCAGCAGUGCCUGUGCACUAAUGCCCCGGAGGAGAUGUUUAUGA